AUAACUAAAGCAACUCAAAAAACUCUGUUAAGUCUUCGUUUCGCCGGAGCCGGAGAAGGCGAGGUUGAAGACGAUCUCGAUCUGCCAUUGCAGUCAUCGUGGAUUCUCAGGUUUUCAUCAUCUUUGUUUUCUCCAAAACAAUCUUUGGAUUGUUUGUUUGUGCGAUGUUUUCCUGAGAAAUCAGGUGGAAAAAUCGUAUCUUUCGUCAUCAUUUUGAAGCUCAUCGAGUGGGAGAGAGUGAUCAUCAUCAUCAUCGAUGGAUAUGACUAGUUCUCAGAAGCGAUCUUUUGUCUUCGCCAUUCGAGAUUUCCCAUCGGGAUGUGGAACUAACAUUGAGCUUCCAGAUGAAGGUGCCUUCAAGAAUCCAAAAAUUGAUGAUGUUUCUGGCAAGAAUCUGAGGGUUGCAUCACCUAAACCUGUAGAAACUUGUGGCAAAGAAGAAUCAGCUGGUCAAGAUCAUGUUGUUGCAGCUCCUUCAUCUCACAGACAAGAGCCGGAGAUGACUAGAAACUCUGACUGUGAUCCUGCUCCUCGCCAGAGAGUGCUUGAGGUAUUGAGUUUCUUCAAACAAGUAUACGCACAGUUGGAUCGAGAUAAGAAAGCGAGGCGCGGUGGGGAUUUGCUCGACGCAACAAGCAGAAUCGACCUCAAGACGCUAAAAGUCUUGGAGAAUAUGGGGAAGCAAGUGAACACAGAGAAGAGAAUCGGAUCGGUUCCAGGAAUCAACGUUGGAGAUGAGUUUCAGUACAAAACCGAGCUCCGUGUUGUCGGGCUUCACUCAAAGACAAUGUGCGGGAUCGACUACAUGAAGAUAGGAGAGGUCAGGCUGGCCACAAGCAUCGUAGCAUCAGAAGGGUACGGCUACAACGACACGUUCAACUCUGGUGUGAUGGUUUACACAGGUGAAGGAGGUAACGUAAUCAGCAAGGAAAAGAAGACUGAGGAUCAGAAGCUGGUGAAAGGGAACUUGGCCUUGGCAAAUAGUAUGAGGCAGAAGAAGGAAGUGAGAGUGAUACGUGGAGAAGAGAGAUGGGAUCAUAAAGGGAAACGAUAUGUGUAUGAUGGUUUGUAUAUGGUUGAACAGUAUUGGGAAGAGAAAGAACUCAGAGGUAAGACUGUGUAUAAGUUCAAGCUUUGUAGGAUUCCUGGUCAACCUCCAUUGACUUGACUUGAUCUUUGUAUUGUCAGAUUAAAUGAAAUAAUAAUAAAAAUUCAAUAAGUUGGAAAAUUGAAA